AUGCGCAGCUCAGCCAUCAUCGCCGGGGCCUUCGCCCCGGCCGUUCUCGCUGCCAUCCAGGCUAAGAACGUAAUCUACAUCGUUCCUGAUGGAUAUGGUCAAGCUUCGCAGACCAUGGCCCGUGACCUGGCCACCCUGGUCGAUCACGCCGGCGACGUGACACGCGAGCUUGCUGCCGAUGAUAUGGUUCGGGGUCUGGUCCGCACCUGGGCUACCAACAACCUGAUCACCGACUCGGCUGCUUCCGGCACUGCCUUUGCCUGUGGCUUCAAGUCGUACAACAACGCCGUUGGUAUCACUCCUGAUUUCCAGCCUGUGGGAUCCAUCCUUGAGGCCGCUAAGCUUGCUGGCAUGAAGACUGGUCUGGUCGUUACCAGCACCAUCAACCACGCCACCCCUGCUGUGUACGCCUCUCACGUCAAGCACCGCAACAGCUAUGAUGAGAUUGCCUCCCAGGAGAUCGGCUACAGCCACCCCCUCGGCCCCAUGGUCGACAUCCUCCUCGGCGGUGGCCGAUGCUACUUCAAGCCCAAGUCCGAGUCCGGCUCUUGCCGCAAGGACGACAAGGACCUGUUCGGCUUUGCCAAGAGCCACGGCUUCCACGUCAUGCAGAACCGGUCGGCCUUCGAUGCCCUCGAGAAGGGUCUUGGCAAGAUCCGUCUCCCCUACAUCGGUCUCUUCAAUGAUGACGGCAUAUUAGACCAGAUGAAGUACGAGCUCGACCGCGUCCUGGACGGCGACGAGCCCUCGCUCCUCGAGAUGGUCGAGACCUCGCUUAACUCGCUCCACCGUGCCACCCACUGCAAGAAGAAGGGCUACUUCAUUAUGAUUGAGGCCUCGCGUAUCGACCACGCCGGUCACGCCAACGACCCGGCCUCGCACGCCCACGAGACCAUCAUGUACAACAAGGUCAUGGACUACGUCCGCAAGUGGAUCGACGCCCACCCCGACACCAUCAUGAUGUCUGCCGCCGACCACGAGUGCGGCGGCCUCACCCUCAACGGCUACAGGCCCCUCGCUCUCAAGGACGUCACCCGCUCGCGCGAGCACCUCGAGACCGUCUGGAAGAACCGCCCCUCCGGCGCCGACUCACGCCAGUUCCUCGUCUCCGAGAUCCUGCCCCCCUUCGGCCUCGCCUCGGCCACCGACGCCGAGAUCAACACCCUGCUCCAGGCCAGCAACCUCGGCAACGAGCUCGUCUCCCUGCUCAGCAAGAAGGCCGGUGUGAACUGGUCCACGGGCGGCCACACCGCCAGCGAUAUCAACCUCCACGGCUACGCUGCCGGCGAAAUGGGCAAGGAGCUCUCUCUCGUGCUCUCGGGCCACCACGACAACACCGAGCUGCCCCGCAUCGUGGAGAAGGCCCUCGGUGUCGACAUGGAUGCCGUCACCAAGCUCCUGCGCGCCAACGGCACGAACUGGGUUGUCAAGCGUGACUUCGACGAGACUCACAUCGUUGACGAGCACAACCACUAA